AAAACCAAUGCCCAUUGUAUAUAUAUAUGAAAGCGAAUGAAACCGAAAUUUUAGUUGAUUGUGAAUAAAAACGGUGAAAGGGUCUCUUGUAUAAAAGCAAACGUAAACGUGAAUACUCGUUUUACCAGGUCUUUAACUUUCCUCCUUUAAAGAUGGUCAUUCGUUCUUUGGUCUUUUUGUUAAUUACAGUAACAAUAAAUGUGUUGUUUACAAUUAGCAGCUCGCAUGGGAAGCCGGCGAAUAAUGUCAAUUCACUUGGAUUAGUGGUUGUUGGUCCAGAAUCUACAUCUUUAGUUCUUGAUUCGACUCAUCAAAAUGGAGACGCAGUACGAGUGCAACGUUCUCCUCAAAGAGGGUUAUUGAAUGACGAUGCUUUUGAAGAUUAUUCCGAUGACCCAGAGGGUCGGCAUUUGCAUAAACGCAAACAUAAACGUAAAUAUCACGGAGGGUUUGGAUGCAAUAGAAAACAUGGUUGUGGAGGAUGGCAAGGUGGUUAUUUCCCUUCGUACGGAGGUCAUUACCCUCACCAACAAUUCGGUCACGGAGGAUCCUUUGCAACAGCAUCCGGAGGAUUUUUUGGUGGAGGGCACCACGGAGGGAAUAGCCAAGCCAAUGCCCAGAGCGCAAGUUUUAAUUUCGGUCCUUUCAGCUUCAACUUGGCCCAGGCGGGCGCCGGUGGUAGACCAUUUUUUUAACUCAGUCUAUCUCAAUUAUUUUUAAUUCAAAUGCGAGAAAAAACUUUGUUUCUUAUUUUUAAGCGUAUUUAUAAAUAAUAAAAUUUAUUAUUUAAA